GGAAACCUGCACCAAAUGAGCGAUCCUCCCUUCCGCUGCUUCAAAGAUCUAUCGGACGAGCACGGCCCCUUGAUGCACCUCAAGCUCGGGGAGUCCAACGCCAUCGUUGUCUCGUCUCCAGAGAUGGCGAAAAAGAUGCUAAAAGAUCUCGACCCGGGCUUCGCGGAGCGGCCUCAGAGCGUGGCGAGCAAGAUCAUGUGGUACGACCGCACCGACCUCGGCUUCAGCCCCUGCGGCGGUUACUGGCGCCAGAUGAGGAAGCUCUGCAUCAAUGAACUCUUCAGCCCCAAAAUGGUGCGUUUGUUCCAAUCGAUUCGAGAAGACGAGUCAGCUCGCUUGGUCAACUCGUUGCGCGAAUCUUCUGGAAGCGCUGUUAAUAUCACUGAGAAGUUGUUUGCAAUGGCGAGCUCUGUCACUUGCCGGGCUGCCUUUGGCGCUGCGUGCAAGGAUAGCGAGAUGCUGCUGAAGACGAUGGCGGAUUCGCUCAAGAUGGUCGGAGGCUUUGAGAUCGUGGAUCUGUUCCCGUCUUCUAGAAUCGCCGGCGUGAUGAGCUGGAGGAAGCUGUGGCUGAUGAGGGUGAUGCGACGCAGGCUCGAUGCGAUUUUGGAUGAUGUCAUCGCUCGCCAUAGAAGUAACCGGGCGGAAUCCGGUGGCCGGAGAUUGGGGAAUUCGGAGUUUGGGAGUGAGGAUUUGGUUGAUGUGUUUCUUAGGGCUAAGGAAGAAGGCCAGCUCCAGUAUCCAAUUGAUGACAACAACAUCAAGGCUGUUUUGUUUGAUAUGUUUACGGCUGGAACUGAUACGUCAGCAUCAACUGUUGAUUGGACGUUGGUUGAGUUGUUGAGGCACCCUCGAGUGAUGGCUAAGGUACAAGCUGAAGUAAGACAAGCUAUGAAAGGGAACAAUGAAGAAAGCACGGAUAUGAAAUACCUAAAACUGGUGAUUAAAGAGACUCUGAGGCUGCACCCACCGGCUCCGAUGCUGCCUAGGGCUUGCAUCGAUGAGCAUGUAAUCGAUGGAUACACCAUACCGGCUGGAUCAAUGGUGAUGGUAAACAUUUGGGCGAUGCAGAGAGACCCGAGGUACUGGAAAGAUCCGGAGACGUUUGAGCCCGAGAGAUUCGAGAAUGAAGAACUGAGUUUCCUAGGUAGUGAUUUUAAGUACAUGCCAUUUGGAAUUGGGAGAAGAAUAUGCCCGGGGACGACGUUCGGUUUGGCCGCCGUGGAGUCGCCGCUGGCUCAAUUGCUCUACCACUUCGAUUGGAAUCUUCCAGAAGGUGUCAAGGCUGAGGAUUUUGAUAUGAUUGAAAAUAUUGGAAACACAGCUUCAAGAAUACAAAAUUUACAUGUGGUGGCCACUCCAUAUGAGAAGCAAUAG